AUGCAGUCCAUGAGCAGAUGCCCUCACUCCAUGCCCGCCUGCCCCGAUGCCGCAAACGUUCCUCACCCUCUCCGAGGACAGUGUGCCAACAGCACCAAGGAAUGCUACGGAAACAACAACACCCUGUUCCACGGUUUGAGAGACUCAUGCAAACAGCAGGAUAUGAUGUGGUGCGCUGUGACAGCCUCUUGCUCCUCCCUCCCUUGUCCUCCUCCCAACCCUACUUGCUCUGCCUCGCAAGUACGCUGUCCGGACUGGAGCUGUGCGGCUGAUGCCGCGAGCUGCCCGAGCAGCGGCAAUGGCUCUGUGACCUGCCCCGACGGCAUGACGACGGCCAGCUCCUUCAGAGCGUGCGCGGAGAUGGGGAUCUUCUGGCAGGGAUGCCCCCCGGGAUCGAAGCCUUGCUCGGCCAACCCCAACAUCUGCGUCAAGCAUCAAGAUGAGUGCGAGGCGCUCACCGGGUGUCCCGAGACGAUGAAGAGCUGCGGUCCUCGGCGCAACGCUCAGGGGGUCGCCCUGUACAACAGCUCGACCAACAGGCCCAUCAUGACCUGCGCGUCGCAGUGUCAGUCCCGGCCGCCUCAGCCUGCUCCUACCACCGCUGCUCUACGACCCGGACUGGGGUCGGAGGCGAUGGAGGUGAAGGCGGCGGACGGAGCGCCUGCGUUCGCGAUGAAGGCGCUACACUCCAACGCCUUCCGUCGCAUGGACAACCUGUCAGAAGCCGUCAACUUCACCAUCGCUCCUGUCUCCGCGUCGGCGCUGCAGGAGGGCCCUUUCGCGCUGCUCUACUCGUCCGGAAACAUCGUCAGCAGCGUCAUCACCAUCGAGCCCUCAGCGGCGCUUGUCAUCGACGGGGGCUUGACGAUCGACAUCCCCAUUGACGGGAGCAAGGAGAUGUGCAGCCAGAUCUUGCAGAGCGUGCAGAUGGUGGUUGUGUCGGACCUGCUCAACUUCAACGCGACUCCGGAGGGCCUUGGGAGCUGCUCGAUGGGAUCUGUAGGGAACUGCUCGUGUGCAGCGACGAUCUAUCACUUCAGCACCUACGGCCCAAACGACUUCUACGACCCCUGCUCCCAGUCUCAAUAG